UAUCACCACCAGAUGGCCCAUUAAGCUUUGCCUGAAUCAUUCUGCAUAGAGCCCUAAGAGGAGGUUUUAGCUCAAAUUCAUAAAACCCUCGGUGAAGAUGACCUCUUGAUCUCUCUCGAGACUUCACUCACAUCACAUGUAUAUACAUCUUGUAAUUGUUGAAUCGACGCAGAUCGAAGAUGGCUUGGAGACAAAUCAUACCUUUCAACAGAAGAGCGUUUUCAAUUCCUUCCAAUUUGGUUCCUGGGUUCGCUAAUUUUUCUUCCAAAUCCACACCUUACUUGGUGAAGGUUGGGAUUCCGGAGUUUCUGAAAGGAGUUGGAAAAGGGGUAGAAGCUCACGUUGAGAAGCUUGAAUCGGAGAUUGGUGAUCUCCCGAAGCUUCUCGUAACUCGCACUUUGAAGCUCAAGAAACUCGGCAUCCCAUGCAAACACGGUACCUUUCAUGUGAAAGGAAGGUACAUGAUUUCCGGUUGUGGAUUUUAGUAUUUUUGACUCGUGCCUAUUAAUUUUGAGCACACCGACUUCUUGCCACUAUACUAUUGGUAGGUUUGGGAUUAGAUUGUUCAACCUAGCUUGUAGAUUCUCGAUAUUGCAAGCGUAUCUAGAUUCUUUUUGUCCGGCUUCCUAGCUAGGAGGUACUUCUAUGAUCUCACAGAACUUUGCAUCUACUUGUUCCUAUGUUCGAUUUGAUUUAGAAAAAUUGUUGAAAAAUUCACUCUAACAAUUGUUUAAGGCAUUAAGACCCUAUUAGGGGCAUAUAAAGGGCGGAUAUGAGGGGAGACCGGAUAUAAUAUGAGGAAGAAUUGGCAGAUGAAUUGAAGCGUAGAGGCCUUCAUUACCGCCAUAGAAGAAAAAGACCUUGGACUGAGCAGCGACGAAGGAUUCGUUACGAUACUCGUGAAUCGAAGUAGAGACAAGUGAGAUUGAAUAGAAUAUAGAGAGAGAGAGAAAAGUAAAAACCCUAGAGAUCAUUGCUUCAUUAUCAUCAAACGAGCAACGGCGGCGAGAUCAAGGAAGGCGGACAGAGGUGGUGGUGUCGGCGGCAAUAGAGGUGGUGGUGUGAAACAGAUCUGUUGGAGUUAGGGUUUUGGCAGCCGAAUGAACAAAUCUGCAGGCGGCGAUUCCAGAACUAGUUGCCAGCGUCGGUUCUACGUCACUUCCAGAUCUGGUUGUCGGCGGUGGUGGUGUCGCCGCUGGAAAGGUUCAGAUCAGCGUGGUGAAGGCGAGAGAGAAGUUUGGUUAGGGUUAGGGUUUGGUUUGAAAUACAAUAUAUAUAUAUAUAUAUAGUUGGGUAAUUUGAUCAUUUUAAGAGUUUCCUGACAAAUUAUUUUAGAGUGUGUACCUUUGGAUAGAGAAAAAUUUAAAAUUAGAUUUAUGAAUGGAGAGUUUUAAUUUACUCAA